AUUCACCAUGUCGACUGCCACAGUACCAGUAAAUGACCAGGAAAAUUCCAUUGCUCAGCGAGGGGCAAAGAUGAAGACACACAUGGGACUGGGAGUUCGCAGUGCACAAGGAACAUCACAAGGUCUAGCAGUUCACAGUCAGAAGAAGUUCAGUCAGACGUCAAAUAUAUCUCACAUGAAGCCACGUUCUUUUGGAGACAUCAGCAACCGCAUGGUUUCUGGUAGUGCAGUGAAGAAGACACAAAAGCAGACAGUUCUUGCUACAUCCAUGCCACAGAUAAUACAGAAACCCAACGCAGAUCUGGAGCCUGAGUUCUUCCCAGAGAUCAAGGAAAAGGAAGAUUACUCCGACAUCUUCCCAGCCUCGCUUAACUUGUCAGACCAGCACAUCAGCAAGCUCGUCAGAUUCUGGGAAGUGUGCAGACGACCCGAGUUGAGCAGCCUCUCUCCUUCUAAGAUCCCCAAGUCACCCCCGAGGUCAUUCUCCCUCAUGUCCACCAUGAGAGAGCCUGAAAAAGUGAACAAGUUGGAACCGGUAAUGGGGGAAAUAUUUGACCUUCCUCCACCAUCCUGGGAAUAAGUGUGGCCCGAGACUGAUCAAGCAUCUUCGUCUUUAUGAAUGAUUUCCCCACCCCCUUCUAUGGCAUCUUUAUUCUGAAUAUAAUAAAAGUGACAAAAUUGAAACCUUUACAUAUGUUUUCUCUUUUUAAAUUGUUUUUUAAAGGACUAGGCCAAUUUUUCUGGAAAAUGCAGGUAGUUGUAGUAGGAUAUCCCCCACUUUUUUGUUCGCAUUUACAAGCUGCAUUUUUCAUAGGCGUAUAUGUAUUUAUCUGUGAUACUCCUUUCCAAAAGUUUUCCAUUAGUAUAAGUGCACCUGAAGUAUUUUAUAGUCGGGUGAAAGAAGGUUCUGCAGUGCCGUGUUGUCAGCAUGGAGUAUAAGGUUACACUUUUUGAUAUGUGAAAAUUAUAUCUACAUGUUUUUGUUUUUAAUAAAACUCCAAAGAAAAAAAAUA